ACGUAAUCCACCAGUCACUAGCCACACCUGAGAGUGCUGCACCGCCACACUACUCUAACCACCACGACGCGUGAACUUCUAGCGCGUCUCCCAUGCACAAGCCUGUACCACAAAGAGCCUCUUGCAACCAGCCCACUUCCCAGAUCCCAGCUCGCUUCCUCGCACAAACGAACGGGGAUAGCAAGGGCCGACAUAGCCGACAUGGGAGACUCCCGCUACACUGCCGGGAACCGGGCGUUUCUUCAGGCCAUCUUGGCACGAGGAACUAUUACCUUUGAGGAGGCCCAGCCCGUCCUCGCCGAGAUUUUCACUGCGGACCGUGGCAACGACAGCGAAGUUCGCGCAGACCAAGUCACGCAGCAGCAAUUCAACGAAUACAUUGGAAUUGCCUCAGAAGCGGUUUCGCUCUUUGACUACGAAAUCCGAAGUACUGUCCAUCAAGUUACGAAGCAACGCAUUUACGCCCUGGUCAACACCACUUCCGAUCCGCAGACCCAGCUUGCGACGAUACACACCCCCGACGAACUGUCGUUUAUUAAACGAGUCCUCGAUGGCAUGUUUGAAAAGUACAAUUCGCCUCGUAUGGAGGUUCUCGCCAUCACCGAGAUGCAGGCUAUCAAGCUGGCACGGCCGGAUCGAAGACAAAGCCAAGUCGACGCGGAUGCACAGACACAAACACCAGGAGAUAAGGGUCUGAAACACAGCGAGGUUGAAAAUGUUCUGGCAAGCCUAGUCGAGGGAGGCUGGUUUGAGAAGAGCGAGGACGCCUUUUACAGCUUGUCACCACGGGCAUUGCUGGAAUUGCGGCCGUGGCUUGUCGAGACAUAUAAUGACCCGGAUACUGGCCCAGACGAGUGGCAGCGGAUUAAAUUUUGCGAAGCCUGCAAGGAUAUUGUUACAAUUGGCCUGAGAUGCACCGAGCCUAACUGCAAUUUCCGGUUACAUGAUAUUUGCGAGGAUGCGUUCUGGCGAACCCGCAGAGAUAAGAAGUGCCCGAAAUGCUCAAGUGCAUGGUCAGGCGAGAAAUAUACUGGCGAAAGAGCCGUUACAAGGACCGAGGCUUUUCAGAGAGGCCAAAGGCGAGGAGGCGGCUGGCGACGAAGCACACUGGCUGACGAGGUUAUUCGAGAGCAAGGGGGCGGAGAAGAGGCUGAAGAGGAUGCGGGGAAUGCUGAGGAACACAUGGAUGACAACGAAUGAAUGGGUUAUGUCUAUGAUAUUACUUUGAUUUGAAAUACCCAGAACCCGAAUGAACCGCCAUUUUGGCAUGAGCACGCAGUUGAUUAGCUGCCCUUGUUCGUCAGCCCGGCACUGAGAGUUGUCGUCGGUAGUUGGCCGUCGAUCACAAAUGUCACCGCUUCUGCGCGAUUGCGUGGGGCCAGAGACAGCAUGAUGGAGGGGUGGCGUGUGAUGUCAUGUGGCGGUGCGACCUGGGCAUUGGUCUGGAGCUCCCCGCAUGAAAGCAACCAAGCGCGCGCCUA